AGUGUUACAUUUUUUUUUUUAAUAAUUUGUGAAGAAAAACAGUUUUUAGGUUUUACUGGGGAGCUACAAUAAACUUACCAUGCCUUGGCCAAAGGGCAUUUUACUUUUUGUGAUGGCUGUGAUGUCAUUCAGUGCUUCAAUUGCUGGUCCAAAGACCUUUUUUGAAACUGGUGAUAAUGAAGCAGUCUCUGGAGGCACUGUUUAUUUUGGCAAACUUUUAAUUGGUGGUCAAAGUGCCACAUCUGAUGAUAAAAGGGAUGCGUCCAGAUUUGCGUCAGCAGAACAAUCAAAUGAAGAAGAACGAUUCCGGCUGGCAAGAGCUAAACUGCAACGACUGGGUCCUUCUCUACAGUGUGGAAAUGAUUCAAUGACCUUAAAUAUUAAAGGACACAGAACACCACACUUUCUGGUUGAGAGAGGAGAGGGUUCACCAGUGUCUUUGUCUGAGAUGCCAGCCAGCUGUGGGUUCUCACUUAAGCGGGUACGCAGGGAUGUUUCUCUUGUUGCUCCAUACACUGGUUGUAACGUCAGACAACAGGGUGGUAGUUAUGUUCUGCCACUCAUUAUAAUGGGGGCUCCAGUGCAAAUGUCCUGCCCUGUGAGUCCUCGCCUUCCUGUGGUGUCCUGCACCUCCUCUGGUAUGAUCGUCUCAUUUGGUGUCAGAGCAGAUGAUGUUCUUGUUAAAGUUUCUGGAUCAUGGAUGCCUUUAUCUCUGACAUCCUCCAUGUGCUCAUUCACUCUGGAUAAUGUUGGUGGCUCAGUGGUGUUAAUUGCACCAUUUACAGGAAGUUGUUGGGAUAGUCAGGACACAUACUGGAACUUGCCUUUGCUGUUGGGAGACCGAGAAGUGGUUCUUUCCUGCCCAAAGCCAACAGAAUCAACACCGACCGUUCCCCCCACACAAUUUCCACAAGGGUAUCCAUAUUUCCCAUUUGGAUACCCCUGGUGGUACUCUUGGAACCAGGCUCCUCCUGCUGCACCACCUACAACUUCUGCUCCAGUUAAAGCCCCUGUUUACAACCCUUUUCCAAUGUAUUACCCUUAUUACUAUGGAGGUUUCCCUCCACGACGAAGGCACCAUCAUCGACACUGGUACCCUGAGUCUCAAGAGUCCUGGUACCCAAUGCUGUCUCCUCCUUAUGCAUUUGCACAAUUCCAACCACCACUUCCACCACCAACCACAGCUGCCCCCCAGAUUCGACAAUAUCCGUUUUAUCCAAUGCCCUUUAAGCCUGCCAACACUGCUUUUAAAAACCCGUUUGUUCCCCAGGUACUUCGAAAGUCAGUCUCUAGUCCCCAAAUAUUAAUUUCUCCUCGCUCAAACUCCAUGUCUCGUGGAAAGCAGUAAAUGUGGAUUUGACUAUGGGGAAAACUCAAACUGUUUCUGGUCAAUUUCAUGCUUAAUAAAGUUCAACACUGCAUUGUU